AUGACGGUGUCACAGAUCAAGCGGUGUCACAGAUCAAGCGCGGAGACUGAGUUAUUUCGGGCUGUGGUGGGGACCAUUCAGGGUUUUGGACUGGAGUGGGAGAACGCUACUGAGCCUGUGGCAGCCACUGAGACACUGGCCGAGGUACCUGAACACGUGCUGCGAGGACUUCCAGAGGAAGUGAGGCUUCACCCAUCUGCUGUUGACAAGACCCGGAUUGGUGUCUGGGCCACUAAACCAAUUUUAAAAGGCAAAAAGUUUGGGCCAUUUGUUGGUGAUAAGAAAAAAAGAUCUCAGGUUAAGAAUAAUGUAUACAUGUGGGAGGUAUAUUACCCAAAUCUGGGGUGGAUGUGCAUCGAUGCCACUGAUCCAGAGAAGGGAAACUGGCUGCGAUAUGUGAAUUGGGCUUGCUCAGGAGAAGAGCAAAAUUUAUUUCCACUGGAAAUCAACAGAGCCAUUUACUAUAAAACUUUAAAGCCAAUCGCGCCGGGCGAGGAGCUCUUGGUCUGGUACAAUGGGGAAGACAACCCCGAGAUAGCAGCCGCGAUUGAGGAAGAGCGAGCCAGCGCCCGGAGCAAGCGGAGCUCCCCGAAGAGCCGGAAAGCUACAGCCUCCGCCUGGCGUCCCGAUGCCCUCCGCCAGCAGCCCCGUACAUCACCCGGCAGUACAGGAAAGUGAAGGCCCCGGCUGCUGCCCAGUUCCAGGGACCCUUCUUCAAAGAGUAGAUGCUCCGCCUGCUCCCUGACAGCACCUGAAGUGACCUGGAAUCAGUGAAGCCAAAGGGACUGCAGUCUGCCCCGCAGGGAGUAGCGACCUGUCCCCAUUGUGUGCGCCGCUAGAGAGAGGGAGUGCGUGUGCGGGUGCGCGUGUGGGUGCGUGAGCGGUCUUCAAACAAGGGUCCUGA